AUGCCAGUCCUGAACCUGGUAACGUCCAAGGCAGAGCCCGCAGCUUCUUUGAAGCGCUCCAGAGAAGAGGCUGGCGUCGACUUGACGGAAGAUGGCGAUGGAGAGGGUGAUGUGUGGCAACAAUUGGAGAACGAGCUUCAGGCACCCUUGAAUUUGCCCUUGGCCUGGCCAGCGGCUGACGACGCCUCCAAGCCGAGGGAGCCAGUUGUGCAUGCUGUGGACGACAAGGAGGACUCUGACGACGACUGGGGCUACAUAUGGAAGCAGUCAGGUGUCGACGCCAAGCAGACCUCGAACAUCUUAGAAGAGAUCGAGAAGAAUGUGAAAGCGGCCGCUGACUUUCACAAGGAGAAGUGGCAGAAGAAGGAGCAGCCCGAAGAGGAGGAGGCACAGGAGGAUGAAGAAUGGGGCGCGGAAUUGUACGAGACGCAGCAGGAGAAGGAAAUUUCCAAAGAUUUCUGGGUGCCCGACGAGUCGUGGAGUGCCUGGGAGUGCAACUCAAAGGAGGCCGUGGCUGCUCAGCGGCUCGUGCAGAAGAUUCGCAGCCGAGCCGCCAAAAAAGAUACAAAGGCGGAAGAGAACACCGAGCUGGAAGACUUCCCUAGCGAGGUCUUGCUUGAGGUCUUGAAGCUCUGGAUCGGCCGGGAGCUUCCCGAGCAGCGCAUGCUGCUGGCGAUGUUGCUCUGGGUUGAGGCGAUCACAGUCGAGGUCCCUAUCGUUCGGCCGGACCUGAACCAGUAUGCGAUGCAACUCCUUUCCAAGGAGGAGUUUCAGGUGGCCCUGCGGUCGGCCUGUGAUCAUGUCUCCCACGAUGUGCUCUUGGUGAAGGCCGGCGCCCCGAUCCCCGCGGCCGCCCUCCGCAACGACGAGGCUCCCAAGGUGCAGAAGCGCUUGAUCUCAUCGCUGAGCGGCAUGAUGCAGCAUGCAGAAUUCCCCAUGGAGGAGGACGAUCUGACAUCCAAGUUCGAGGAGAUCUUUGCGGAUCUUCCGCUGUCCUUGCGAGUGGCUUCGCUGGCCCACCUCAACGAGAUGGCUGAGCUACUGAAAGAGCUGUGGGCGAGCAAGGGUGAGUUCAUCGAGGACAUGAAGAAGCUCGCCUCCUUCGACCGAGCCUGCGAGGUGACCUGCCGGCUGACCCUCACGCACGCGGUGGAGCUGGGCAAUCAGGCGCUGAACAAGGACUUCAAAGACUUGCGGGUCUGCAAGGUGGCCCUGGCCCGAGAUGGGCCGCAGGGGAGCUUCAGGGCAUAUCAGGGCGCCACACCCCCAGAGCCUUUGACCCCUUUAAGCCAGCUUUGCCCCGAUGACUCUGUCUUAGCCCCGGCUUCGGUAAUGCCGACCGACAUGGACCUGCAGUUCACGCUGACGGAGGCCCUCACCGAGAUUUCCAACCUCAGUGCCUUCGAGAGUAGCGCCGGGAGCAAAUCCUGGCCGGAGCCCCGAACACCGCUGCAAUGCAGAAGGACUCCUAGCAUCACACCCCUUCGGCAGCCCACGAGCUUGCCUACAGGGAAGGAGGGUUUCGAGCAGUCCUCUGCGACGACGUGCAAUGACUCGAGUCCCGAAGGCACAGCCUCCUCCAUGUCCCUGUCGCUGGAAGACCACAACCAGCUGGCAGAGGGCGCCGAGGCCUCCCCAGAUCGCGGCGAAGGCCGGGCCGCCGCCAGGCCUGGCGAAGUUCUCCUGGCAUUUACAUGA